UGCUUGUCGCGGCAGCGGGAAAGGAAAAUCGUGAAUGGAGUGUAAAUUUUAGUGUUUUUUGUGUUGUUUUCUUGUGUUAAUGUUUCCUGGUUUGUAAGAUUAUCAUGGGAAAGUUGGGGAAAAUAUGUGAAACUCGGGAACCAAGAUUCUGCUGAAUGUUGUACAAAAAACAGUUUGUUUUGGUUUUUCCGUCGCGUGCGUGUUGAGAAAGGAAAAGUGCAGGAAGAAGAAGUGACCACGAUGAAAACUAUCAGUGAUAGACGAUUUUAAUUUGCGCUUCAAGCCAAAAGUCCCGCAUCGAAAUCAAUUAAAGCAUCGAGAGGAGAUGCAGAAAUUUCCUCUGCAAAAGUGAAACCCAAGCGCGACGCCUUUCUUGGUGGUGUUAGUGUGCGAAGGAAAACGGAUGCAGAAGGAACCCUAAAGUGGGAAAAGAAAAACAAAAACCCUUCCACCAGGGGAAGAACCCGGUGCAACCGCAUAGUAAUCCCGGAGGCCCGUCACCCAGGAUUAGGCGAGAAGGAGAAAGAAGGCAGAAGACUCGCAAAGAGGGUUGAGAACACCAACGAAAGCAAGCAGACCAACACGGCAACAUGGAUAACGGAGACGAUCGCGUUUAUGCCGCCGAAAAGAUCAUGAAAAAGCGGGUCCGUGCGGGCAAGGCGGAAUAUUGGGUUAAGUGGAAGGGAUGGAGCCAACGGCACAACACCUGGGAACCGGAGGAAAACAUUCUCGAUCCGCGGCUUAUUGCUAUCUUCGAAAAGUCCCUGCGUGGUCCGACCACCUUUAAACGCAAGAAGAAAGCCGUAAUCGAAGAUUCGGACGAUGACGAUGAACCGCCACCGAUUGCAUCGACCCCGGAACCGGAACCGAAGCCAGAGAAAAAGGAACCCUUCAUCCCGAAAAAAGAGAAAGAGGAAAAACAUUCUCACCAUCACCACCAUCAUCACCACCAUCACCAUAGUCAGACAGAUCAAGCCGUUAGCACCAGCAGUAAGAAAGAAAAGGAGAAGAGUGUCCUCGGCAGUACUAAUAGUAGUGCCGCCGGUAGCCUUCUUGUCAGUGGCAUCGAUGGAAGUGUGAAGCAACGGAGUGCAAGUAGUAACAGCAGCUCCAGCGACAGUCCCGCCGGUUCGGAAAAAGAUAAAUCCCUCGUCAGUACACCCGGUGUCGAUAAUGGUUCCGGUAAGGCAUUGGUCACCGGUGCAGUCUCCGCUGUUCCAGUGCAAAGCGGUUCCAUCGGACCAACCGGCCAGCAGCUACCGUGUUUGAAGAUAUCGAUCUCGUCGGCUGAACAGAUCGAUCAGGAUACUAACUCGAACUCGAGCGAUGAUCAACCGUUAAGCCAUAAGGAUGUGGCGGGUACGAAGCGAAAGGCCGAAGUGCUGUCGAAGGGCGGCAAGGUGGGUGUGACGAUAAAAACUUCCUCCCCCGAAGGUGUCAGUAGCUCCUUUGCAGCUAAAGCGCAACGCCUGGAAGCUGCCACACCGUUGGCGUGUGCCUCUUCCGUUGCACCGAUUAGUGCGUCAGCUAGGCUACCGGACCUAAAAGCAGCAGCCCCACUCUCACCGGAUACACCAGCCUCGCGGCCCGAAUCCAAUAUUCCUCCACCGGCCGAACCCAAUCAGCCUGCGUUGCUUCCUGGUGGAGCUGCGGCUGCUGUCGCCGCCGGGUUGCCCCCGGUUGGCAGAGAGCGGGUUGGGGAAGGGCAAGGACAGGCUUUGCCAUAUCAACCACAGCAGCAGCUACGUAUUGAGCAACCGAAUGGGGAUCUAAUUAAUGGCAACAUUAACAAUAAUUCCAUCAACAAGAACAUGCUGUCGCCACGUUCAGCACCGCCCCGAUUAUGGCUCCCGAAGGCACAGACCACUAAUCAGGUGUUUAUAACGGAUGUUACCGUCAACCUGGAAACGGUCACCAUCCGAGAGUGUAAAACGGAACAAGGAUUCUUUAAGACACGCGAAAUGCAGCAACAGCUGCAGCAGCAACAACAGCAACAACAACAGCAACAGCAGCAGCAGCAGCAGCGAAACACUGCGGGUAAUCUGCUGCACUAGUCGGCUAGAAACGAUCGGAUGAGGCGAUCGUAGUACUUCUUCUAUUGUACCUGUAUGUGUGUGGUGUGUUGAGUGUAGGGUGCGCUCGAUUCACGUUUGUUCUCCCGCAACAUGCCCAAACCCUGACAGUCAUCCUGUGUGGAUUCAACAUCUGCUCUUCACCCAUUGAAGCUGCUCGAGAGACUGAUAAGUAGUACCUGCAGUGCAUGCAGGUGGUUUUUUGGAAGCACCUAUUCGGCCAAAAGUUUCGCGUAUGUAAUGCAGCAAGUUUAGUGUAUAUUCGACAAAAACGAGGGAACAGUUUUACUCAUGGUGCGGAGGGCACGUAUCAGUACGAUAUUCGAGGGGAUUUGAAUGCUUGUACAUAGAUGGACAGGAAUGGUGUGUUGGGUGGGUCGGGGUCGGGACUGUAAGAAGUUUCUUUCUACAUUUGAUGGAAAGAACAA